AUGUCGGCAGGGACCUCUUCACUUGCGGCCGCCGCAGCGUCCGGCUCGGAUAUCCACUCCAACCUCAGCUCCAAUUUCGCCGCCAACUCCUCCUCUUCUCUCGGCUCCCUUACAGAUUACAGCAACUAUCCGCUUGCACGACACGGCGAUCGCACUUAUCUUCGGGACCCGGAGAACUUCUACCCGCUGCCAUGCGACUUGCCCGAGAUCCACCGCCAAAGCUUGCGCACGACCAUGCUGCUGCGUGUCUUUGGCGGCCCAUUUUGCAAUCCCCAUCUGGCCGACCGUCCGCCCAAGCGCAUUCUUGAGAUUGCUUGCGGAUCCGGAUUGUGGUCGGGCCUGUGUCAUGAGUAUCUGGCUGGGCAGGGCCAUCCCAAUGUCUCCUUUGUCGGUAUCGACGUGGUCUCUCUGGCGCCUGACCUGCGCAAACGAGGCGUCAACUGGCAAUUCAAGCGGCAUGACCUGCGGAGGUCGCGACUGCCCUUCCCGGACAAUUUCUUCGAUCUGGUCUUUAUCAAGGAUGCCGGCAUGUGUCCUAGCAGUCCCGCACAACAAGCUUCGGGCUUAGAAGAGCCACUGCGGGUGCUGAGGUCGGGCGGCGUGUUGGAGGUCUGGGAUUCCGACUGGGUGUUUCGCUCGUUGCUCCCGAAUCCCGCUCCAGCUCGAAAGGCCCCCGUCCACGCCCAAGAGACGGCGGAUUCGACCGGGACUUACACCUUCUCGCCGGCCACCCCAUUCACACAGGUCCAGAAUAAAUACCUCGUGGACUAUAACUCUUGGGUGGAAAAGUCGUUUGACCGGCGCAAGUUGACUGCAUUGCCCUGCGCCACAAUCGGACUGGCCUUCAAUUCAGAGGUGGAUUUGCUAGAAAAUGUCGACAGUCGUCGCAUUGCCAUUCCACUGGGAGAGUCGCGCUGGGAGCGCGAGGGCCAGGGCAAAGACUCCAAGGGUCGGAUUCGGAAAGCCCUGACGCCCGAACAAAUCGCCAUCCGACGAACGGCUCUGCUCACUGUGGUGCAGAUGAUUGAAGGCAUGGAGCCAAUGCUCAUGGAGGCCAGCGGGAAAAGCCGCGACGAAUGGGACCGCUGGUGGGCCGCAAUGAAUAGCGACCUUUUCUUGAAGGGCGGCCUCGCCAGCGGCGAAUGCCUGGAAGUGAGUGCCUGGUGGGGAGUAAAGAAAUGA